AUGGUGGUAGCAACAAAGAUAGCAAGAAGAGGUCAAACUGUCUGUACAGUGGAAAGGGAACUGCGCUUUGAACCGGAGCCUCGAGCGGGUGCCCGGGAACAGCAAGCACCCCCGUCGGGGUCUCUGCCCAGGCCGCGGCUCGUCGCUCCGCCCCCCGCCCCACCUAUCUCGGUCGGUCUCCAGCUCCGCACCCCCAGCGCCCGGAAGCACCGCGGCUUCCCGGCCGGGGGUGGGGCGCGUCUCGCCCGGCACCUGUGUCCGCCGCAGGAAACCUGGCAGGCCGAGGGGCCCUCCCGCUUCCCAGGCCCCAGCUCUCCCCGGGGCCCGCACCCCUUACCGCGCCGGCGGCCGGCCUCGGCCGAAGGUAGUGGCGGGCCGCGCAGCCAGCGCGCGCGCCCAGGACGCUCGCCCCCCACCGCGCACCUGCCUGGGGUCCGCCGGCCCCUCCCCGCCCGCGUCCCGGUCACGUGGGCCCCACCCCUCGGGCCCAGCUCACCUGAGCGGCCACCUGCCAAAGCGCCCUCGCCGCCCGCGGCUCUGAAACCCAGGUCGGCUCCUGGGGCGGGGCCGGGCCGAGCUUCGCCCCGCCCGGCUUUGUCAGGCCCGGACUCCCGCCUGGGGCCUGGGCGGGUCGGUUUCCCCACCGCCCCCCAACCACACCUUAUAGCAAUAGCUUCGGAUCAGGCUCCGCUGGGAGAGCUCUGGAAAGGUCUUUAA